AUGGACAACCUACACUACAACAUUAGAUAUGGCUUCCUUGAUGGCUACGUCCGUGCUUGCUUCACAGAGUUCCUCACAGAAGCCGAUUAUAUGCAGCUUAAGCAAUGCGAAACCCUUGAAGAUUUCCGUCUUCAUCUUUCCAAUGCUGGUUUCCAAUCAUAUCUUCAAAAUGAUGCCGGCACAGCUUCACCAACAGUUAUCUACGAGCGCUGCCUUGAGAGAUUAGUCGAUAAGUUUAAUUAUGUUGAGUCCCAAGCUUCCGAUGAACUCAAGACAUUCUUCCAGUGGCUCAGAAUUCCAUUCAUGAUUGACAAUGUCAUCAUUAUUAUUUCUGGUGUUGUCCACGACCACGAUGUCACAGAACUUAUCGAGCGUUGCCAUCCACUUGGUAUGUUUGAUGGUAUCAAGGCUUUAGCUGUUGCAUCAACAGUCCAAGAUCUUUAUCAGAUGGUUCUCGUUGAUACUCCACUUGGCCCAUUAUUCUCCAAGUGCCUCAACACAAACUCACUUAGCGAACAGAAUGUCGAAUCAAUCCGUCUGAAACUCUACCGUGAAUACUAUGAUCAGUUUUAUGAAUUCUGCAAGAAUCUCGGUAGUGAAACUGCUUUAGUUAUGUGCGAUCUCCUCGAAUUCGAAGCCGACAGACGUGCUAUCAUCAUCACAUUGAACUCUAUCCGCACAUCAAUGAUCGCUGAUGACCGCGAGGCCCUUUACCCACGUAUUGGCCAGCUCGCUACAAUCACAUCUAAACUCGCUGCCAAGGGCGCUGGCGAAACAACACUCGCUGAUGCCCUUCAGCCAUUCGAGACAUACAAGAAGCUCUUCGAUUUGUCUCGUACUUCAUCUAAGACAAUCGAAGAGGUCUUCCUCGAGAGGGCUGCUCUGAUGCACGUUGAAAGCUUCAGCGUAUUCUUCUCAUUCGCUGUCUUCUACUCUUGGGUUCAGCUUAUGGACCAGGAAGUCCGCAAUAUCCAGUGGAUCGCAGAAUGUAUCCACCAGGGCAAGCGUGACCGCGCUGACAGCUAUGUCCGUAUUGCUCCAUAA